CUUUGCGCCUUCUGUUCCCUGCCAUCCGCCAUCAUGUCUAAAAAACCCGCCGAUGUGGCGUCGAAAGAGCGCAACGAGUACAUUCCGUCUUUCAUCUCGAAAAAGCCGUUCUAUAUCGACGACGACUCUCAAGCGAAUGACUACCUAGAGCAUCAACGUCUGCAAAAGUCGACAGCAGACCAGUCAAAAUGGUACGAUCGUGGCAAGCGUGCUGGUCCCGCGGCCACCAAGUACCGGAAAGGCGCCUGUGAGAACUGCGGCGCCAUGACCCACAAGACGAAAGAGUGUUUGAGUCGCCCUCGAAAGCAUGGUGCCAAAUGGACCGGUAAAGAUAUUCAGGCGGAUGAAGUCAUACAAGACGUCAACAUGGGGUGGGAUGCGAAGAGAGAUCGGUGGAACGGCUACGAUCCGAGCGAAUAUCGACAAGUGGUGGAGGAGUACGAGGAACUUGAAAAAUUGAAACGAGUCACGAAACAGGAUGGCGAAAAUGAGGGCAAGGAUGGCGAGGCCGAUGACGAUGAAGAUGCGCCUCAGGAGGAAGCCCGCUACGCUGAGGAGUCCGACAUGGGAAGACAACAGAGCACCGCCACUCGCAACCUCCGUAUCCGAGAAGACACGGCAAAGUAUCUGCUGAACCUGGACCUUGAUUCGGCCAAGUACGACCCGAAGACACGACGGAUGGUUGAUAUGGGCGCUCAGGAUGAUCAGGCAGCAGCACUUGUUGCCGAAGAGAACUUUGUCCGCGCUUCAGGUGAUGCUGCUGAAUUUGAGAAGGCGCAAAGAUAUGCCUGGGAAUCACAAGAACGUGGUGCACAGAAGGUCCACUUGCAGGCGAACCCGACAGCUGGAGAGGUCAUGCGGAAGAAGGAGGAGGCAGAGUCCGUCGCGAAACGUGAAGCUCAACGGAAGGCUCUUCUGGAUAAGUAUGGUGGUCAAGAGCACCUCGACCCCACACCGUUGCGGGAUACAAUGGUUGUUGAGAACGAGAGGUUCGUCGAAUAUGACGAGACGGGUGCGAUCAAGGGAGCACCAAAGAAGGCGGCCAAAUCGAAGUAUGCUGAAGACAUCUUCACCAACAACCAUACAUGCGUCUGGGGAAGUUGGUGGCACAACUUUGAGUGGGGAUAUGCCUGUUGCUUUUCCACCGUCAAAAACAGCUAUUGUACUGGUGAAGAUGGGAAGCGCGCAUUCCAGGAAGCAGACCAGCUGCUGAUGCUGUCUGAGAACGGGGCCGAUGGUGACGAGCCAUCCGCUGGGCAUGAAGAUAACGACGCGCAUGAAGCUGUUGAUGACGCUCAACCCUCGGAACAACAGGAGACAUCCAACUCUAAUACGAAGAAGAGAACGCUCAUGGAGGUGCAGUCUGGAAUUACCGAGGAAGAAAUUGAAUCAUACAAGCGAAGCCGGCUUGCGGCCGACGAUCCUAUGGCCGCAUUCAUCGGCAAAGACGACCUUGUAUAGCGCUCCUAUAACAUUUCAUAGUAUGUCACAUCUGCUAUAUAGGCGCCUAGUAUUUACCAUAGAUACCCAUUCAAACUGUG